CGCUCUUCGGCUCCUGUAUCGUGCCAGCUCUCUAUCGUACCGCUAGACUACUGUACCCCUAUUCGGUCAUCUGUUCGGCGCGGAAAUUGUCGGAAUAUUGUCGGACGAGCCCUUCGGCGUGUCGGACGUAAUCCCCGCCGGUCGGCAACGCCGCGGUCCAAUACGACGCGCCUCCGUCGCCGCCCUUCUCGUUCACCACCCCGGGCUGGUCCUCCGCGGUCGCCGCUCGGCACGAAUACCCGACCGUCGAUCUCAAUCUCGAUCUUCCCCCCGUCGUCUUCGUCUCCGCGGUGGAGACAACAGAGACCAAGCGCACGUCGAACAGCAUCGACCGGUCCGUCGGCUUGAUCGUGAACGCGUUUCUCGUCAACACGUACUCCAUCCACGCCGACGCCGCGGGCUCGGACGGCGUCGGCCCCUCCCCCGCGCGCGUCGACUGCGCGCCCAACUCCGUGGGGUACAGCGGCGCGCGGCCGUACUUCGUCAGCGUGGGCGAAGAUGGACCGCCGGCUGUCGAAUAGGCCGUCAGAGGGACGUACGGGUAGGACGCCGACGCCGUCGGCGGGACGAGGACGCGUCUGACGCCGCCGACGCGCAUUCCCGCGACCGCGUCUCGGAUCGCGGGGAUGACCUCGCCGCCGAAACGCGUCGCGAGGUGGAACGUCAGUCGCUCGGGCGUGAACCCUAAGGCGCCCGGGGACGGCGGGAGCAAGGGGACGACGAGUCGGCCCUGGUGCACGGUCCACGCCCCCCACUCGAUCGUCGCGACGAGCGCGUCGUCGUCCGUCGACGACGACGACGACGACCGCGAUCAUAAAUUUAGGGCACGAGGCGCCGUCCGCUCCGCUCCGCCUCCCCCGUCGUAUCGGUCGCCAUGGGCAUCUCCCUCGAGAUGCCGCGGAUGCUCAACGUCCUCCUCCUCGACGCGGACGGCAAGCGCGUGAGCACCAAGUACUACGACCCCAAGAUGACCUCGCUAGAGAAGCAGCUCGCGUACGAGAAGAUGGUCUUCAGCAAGACGCGAGCGAACAACGCGCGCGGAGACGCGGAGAUGGCGCUGUUCGGCGAACACCUCGUGUGCUACAAGUUCGCGGCGGAUCUGCACUUUUACGUCACCGCGUGCGACGAAGAGAACGAGCUCAUCAUCGCGAUGGUUCUGAACGCGUUCUUCGACGCCGUGAGCCUGCUCCUCCGCGGCGUCGUGGAGAAGAGGACCGCGCUGGAGAACUUAGAUCUCGUCAUGCUCACGAUCGACGAGCUCGUGGACGGCGGGAUCAUCAUGGAGACGGACCCGAACGUGAUCGCGAACCGCGUGUCCAUGCGCGGCGCGGAGGGGGAGGGGGCGCCGCCGCUCGCGGAGCAGACGCUGUCGCAGGCGCUGAACAUGGCGAAGGAGCAGAUCACGCGCAACCUGCUGCGGUAG